UUCACUCUAACUUCAACUGAUGAGGUUAAGGACAAAGACACAAUCAAACUGGUGAAAACAGAACCUUCUGUUAUUCUUACAUUAACUCCCAUCCAGGAUGCUGCAUCUUCCUCAUCUCCAGUGUCACUGGAUCAGUCUUGCCAGGAUGACAGUUCCUCACUUGGUUCAUCUGACACCAACAUUUUACAAAAGUCCCCAGAGUAUCGAACAGACCCAUGGCCUGCUAAUUUUGUGAUACCCAACUUUUCAUUUAAUGUUGAAAUGCCCCUUCAUGAAGGAAAUAGGGCUUAUGAAAGUGAUGGUUCACUUCUUCAGAAUCCAAGCUUGAACUCUGACAUACCUGAAAUACUAGCAGAAACAAUAUUCCGCUAUACUGCCUAUCCCUCUGUUCCUCAGAUUGAGGCAGUCGUAGAAGCUCUGUUAAAAAAGCAUCCAUGCUUAAGGGAGCCUGCAACUUCAUUUUCAGGCACGUAUGGAUGGCAGCAGCGUCUUAAAUGGAAGAUGGCUAAUUACCGUUCUAAAAUGAGAAGGCGUGGAGUACCUUGUCCUGAACUUGAUAUCAACUCCUUGAAAAGGAAAUCUCCUAGUGAGAGAAAUCCUGCAAAAAACUGCAAGAGAGCGAAGAAAGCAGAGGUUAACUAUCUUCCACCACAUCCAAGUGGUGAAACUAAUGACACACUGGAAAUGGAGAGACAGGAGCUUCUUAGCGAGGUAAAGAAGAAGAACAACACUAGGGUGAUUCAAGAAAAAAUGGCCAAAACGUUCUAUCGAAGGCUUGAGGUUGUGAGUGGUAGUCCAGGAGCCGAUGACUUCAAAGAGAGAUGGCCUGCUUUUUUUUGUGAAGCUGAGGUCAAGGAGGAAUUUAGAAGAAUAACAACAGUUUCCCUGGAGCAGAGGUUCAUGUUUAAACUUGACCACUACACACCAAAACUUACUGCCCUGAUGAAGGCCAAGGGAGGUGUCAUGGGUACCAAGCUGAGGCCCUUCCUGGACAAACUGAGCCAGAGCCAAAGACUUGAGAUGAGACGUGAAGCUGUUAUCCGUAGCCUCAUUGUGUACCUUGGGGAGAAAGAGGAGGAACUUCUUGAAGAUUGCCUGGAGGACAGCCGCAGUGAUGCCACUCAACACGUCCUCAAGAUCCUGGUCGUCCAUGGUGCUGAUGGAGAGGAGCCAGUGGAUGUGUCCAUCCUUCUUGAAGGCCAGGAGAUGAUGUCUGGACGUGGCAGUACUGCGAAAGCCUGCAUGCUGCUUAUGGGGCUCAUUUAUGGCCUCAACCUUGCAUACCCCCCAAAACUGCGCUACACUUUUGAGGUAUUUCAGAAACUAUUUCUGGAAUUAGAUGUGAUCAAGAUGUCCCCAAAAGUGCAAGCAUUAAAGUUGAAAUUGCUGUCUUAGAAGUUAAAUAUCUAAUUGUUGGCUUUGAAAACUAUUUUCCUGUUUGUAAGAUGGUUUAAAUGUUAAAUUGCAGGAAUGUCUAAAUGUUGUAGUUGUGCUGUAGCAGAGUUUUAAGGUUGUAAUUCUAGCUGUUGACAUUUUGUGUAAAGUAAGAGUUUUAGU